AUGUUUACGGUUUUUGGCCUAGUAGGGAACUGUUUUGCACUAUUCGUCCUGAUAAAGACCUACAAACAGAGAACAGCUUUUCACAUUUACAUGCUCAACCUUGCUAUCUCUGAUUUGCUUUUCAUCUGCACUCUUCCCUUCCGAGUAGUCUACUAUAUCAAACGAGGCAACUGGAUUUUUGGAGACUUUUUCUGUCGUAUUAGCUCCUACUCCUUCUACGUCAACUUGUAUUGCAGUAUCUUCAUCCUGACAGCUAUGAGCUUCACUCGUUUUCUGGCUAUAGUCUACCCUGUGAAAAAUCUUCGAUUUAUCUCAGUAACCAGAGCCAAGUGGGUUUGUGUUGGAAUAUGGCUAUUUGUCACAUUAAUAACCUCUCCUUUUUUAAUGAAUGGAUCAGAGUUUGACUCAAAUACAAAUGUAACAAAAUGUUUUGAGCUUUCCCAAAAUAAUACUUCGGUGGAAAAAGUGCUCAUCCUCAACUAUAUCUCACUCACUUUUGGCUUCAUCGUUCCAUUUAUCAUCAUUUUGGUUUGUUAUACUAUGAUCAUUAGGACCUUGAUGAAGAAUUCCUUGAACAAACAGAAGUCGUCCAGGAAGAAGGCCAUUCGAAUGAUCAUCAUAGUUCUGAUUGUCUUCUUUAUAAGCUUUAUGCCUUAUCACAUCCAGCGGACUCUUCACCUUCACACUGUUAAAAAUGGUUCUGCUAUGAAUGACAGCGCACCAGAAGAAGGUUAUCAUUUGCUUGGCCCUUGCUGCCUCCAAUUGUUGCUUUGA